GGACUGACUAACUCAGUUGUACUGUUCUGACUUGUGCUGUGCCUGGCCACGCAGCUCACUUGAGACUGCCCGACUGCCCGACUGCCCGGUACAACGGUAUGCAUAUGUUAUAUAUUUCCCAAGAACCUCUUCUCACAUCAUCAUCCUUGCUUUUCACGGCCUGCCUGUCUCGCAUGCUGCCCCCCCCCCUCUUCACAAAAAAAAGAAGAUCCAUUCGUUCCCUCCUCUCACAGACACUGUUUGGUAGACUACCUAGCCUCAAAGGGCGCUAGAUGAUAUAUCGAAAUAACACGUCGCCUGCUCUUCGCCAGACCCUAGUGCUCAUUCCUAGCAUCGCCAACAGAAACGGGUGCGGCUGCGCCAGGCGCCCUACCCCGGGACUAGCUGCAGGACUGCCUCGGUCGAGACUCACUUCCUCGAGCCUCCCCUCUGCUCCUGCUGUUGCUGCUGCUCCUGCUGCCGAACCUGUCACUGCCCGCCACGGUCAGCACUCUCGUUCCUCCUCCGCGAGAGACAUUUGCGGCCUGCACGGCAUCUUCCCUGGUAUUUUCAGCGGAUCCUGUGGAUGUGCAAGAGACAGGGCAGAUCUGCUCGAUCAUAAUUCUGCGGCAAUCUCCCGGCCCAAGAUCUUCACUUGGAUCGGCGGCAGCGCGAGACCAGCGUCUCCACAGGCUGGUUGCACAGACGCGGCUCGCACUCGCGCAACCCUACCCUGCCUACCACCACUCCGUCUUCUGACAGCCAUCCCGUCUACCGCAUACGUAUCCCCACUACCUCGCCUGCCGGACACUCGGUCAUACCCUUUGACAAUCCGGCCUCGUGUGCUCUCACCUCUGCUCCAACAGCAGUCGUCCGUGGGCAGUUCCGGGCUCGCUCUCAGCCCUUCUUUGCGUCGUCACUUGUCAGCUCUCUCUUCUCACCCAAAGCCACGGGCGAAUCAAGGCAGCAUGGCGUUCCCAGAACACGAGCUUCGUCCUGCGGAGCUGGUGACCGAUCGCCUCGAGACCCCUUCCCUGGAUGACAGGACCUAUCGCGUGAUCCGCCUUCCCAACCAGCUCGAGGCUCUCUUGGUUCACGAUGCCGAGGCCGACAAGGCUUCCGCUGCCAUGGACGUCAAUGUCGGAAACUUCAGUGACGAGGUCGACAUGCCAGGAAUGGCGCACGCUGUUGAGCAUCUGCUAUUCAUGGGUACCAAGAAGUACCCGGAAGAAAAUGCCUACAAUCAGUACUUGUCGGCACACUCUGGCACCUCAAAUGCGUACACUGCCUCGACGUCUACCAACUACUACUUUGAGAUAGCUGGUCGGCCAAGUGAUGAUAGCGAGCCUUCGGCGAGCAACCCUUCACCUUUGAAGGGUGCUCUUGAUCGCUUUGCUCAGUUCUUCGUUGAGCCCCUGUUCCUCGAAUCAACCCUGGACCGUGAGCUCAGGGCCGUGGAUUCUGAGAACAAGAAAAACCUGCAGAGUGACACAUGGAGGCUUCACCAGCUCGAGAAGUCGUUGUCUAACCCGGCACAUCCCUACUGCCACUUCUCCACGGGAAACCUCGAUGUUCUUAAGCUCGAGCCCGAGGCACGAGGUGUCAACGUCAGGCAGAAGUUCAUUGACUUUUACGAGAGCCAUUAUUCUGCAAAUCGUAUGAAACUCGUUGUUUUGGGCCGGGAGCCCCUGGAUGUCCUCGAGUCUUGGGUCGUGGAGUACUUUUCGCCCAUUCAGGACAAGGAUCUCAAGCCUAAUCGUUGGCCCGACGCUGCACCACUGGGCCCUGAGCAGCUGGGCCGGCAGGUCUUUGCGAAGCCGGUCAUGGAUUCGAGGGAGCUCGGCCUCUCCUUCCCAUUCCUCGACGAGGAUGAGCUUUUUGAGUCCCUCCCGAGCAGAUACAUCAGCCAUCUCAUAGGACAUGAGGGCCCCGGAAGUAUCAUGUCGUACAUCAAAUCGAAAGGCUGGGCGAAUGGGCUCAGUGCCGGCGCCUAUCCGGUGUGUCCUGGUUCUCCCGGCAUUUUUGACUGUCAGGUGCGGCUGACAGAGGAGGGCCUCAAAAACUACAAGGAGAUCGUAAAGGUCUUCUUCCAGUACGUUGCUCUCCUGCGAGAGACUCCACCGCAGGGGUGGAUAUUCGAAGAGCAGAGAGGCAUGGCCGACGUGGACUUCAAGUUCAAGCAAAAGACGCCCGCAAGUCGGUUUACGAGCAAGAUCAGCUCCGUCAUGCAACGCCCUCUGCCCCGAGAAUGGCUCCUGAGCGGUUCAAGUCGCCUAAGAAAGUUUGAGCCGCACCUUAUCCAGAAAGGCAUCGACUGCUUGCGACCCGAAAACCUGAGGAUGUCAAUCAUUUCCCGAGAUGUUCCUGGAAAAUGGGAGAAGAAGGAGAAAUGGUAUGGGACUGAGUACACGGACGAGAAGAUUCCUAGCGACUUUUUGGAGGAUAUCAAGAAGGCUGCAUCGAGCAGCCCCGCAGAGCGUGUCUCGGCGCUGCAUCUGCCACACAAGAAUCAGUUCAUACCGACCAAGCUCGAAGUGGAGAAGAAAGAAAUCAAGGAGCCGGCCGUGGCGCCCACCAUGAUCCGGAAUGACGGUCUCGCACGUACAUGGUACAAGAAGGACGACAGGUUCUGGGUUCCCAAGGCAAACCUCCUCGUGAGCUGCAGAAGCCCCAUCAUCUUUGCAUCGGCGGAGAACUCUGUCAAGGCUCGGUUCUUCACGGACCUUGUUAGGGACGCCCUCGAGGAGUAUUCUUAUGAUGCUGAUCUGGCAGGCCUGCAAUACUCCGUGUCUUUGGAUGCCCGGGGCCUGGUUAUUGAGGUCAGCGGCUACAACGACAAGCUUUCCGUUCUGCUGGAGCAGGUGCUCAAGACCAUGCGAGACUUGGAUAUCAAGGAAGACCGAUUCGCCAUCAUCAAGGAGCGCCUGAGCAGAGCGUAUCGGAACUGGGCUUUCCAGCAGCCAUUCCACCAGGUUGGGGAGUACACCACUUGGCUGAACACCGAGCACGACUUCCUAGUUGAGCACUACAAUGCGGAGCUGGACACGAUCUCCUGCGAGGCGACGAGGGCCUUCCAGAGAGAGCUCUUGUCGCAGAUGCACAUGGAAGUUGUUGUGCAUGGCAACCUGUACAAGGAGGACGCGCUGCGGCUCACAGAUAUGCUGGAGAAGACGCUGAAGACGCGUCCGCUGCCGAGCUCCCAGUGGCCCAUCUGGCGAUCGUUCCUGUUCCCGCCUGGCUCGAACUAUGUCUACAAAAAGACGUUGGGAGACCCUGCCAAUGUGAACCACUGCAUCGAGUACUGGCUGUAUAUCGGGCAGAAGGACGAGCGCCUGGCCCGGGCCAAGGUUCUGCUGCUGGACCAGAUCCUCCACGAGCCAGCAUUUGACCAGCUCCGGACCAAGGAGCAGCUGGGUUACGUGGUGUUCAGCGGCAUCAAGACCAGUGCAACAACACUGGGCUUCCGUUUCCUCAUUCAGAGCGAGAAGACUGCGCAAUACCUGGAGACCAGAAUUGAAAACUUCCUGAGCAACUACGCCCAGACGCUGGAGAAAAUGAGCGAUGCCGACCUCGAGGGACACAAGCGCAGCCUGAGCAUCAAGCUGCUCGAGAAGCUCAAGAACCUCGACCAGGAGACCAACAGGAUCUGGGGCCAGAUCUCCACCGAGUACUACGACUUUGAGCUGUCAAGCAAGACAGCAGAGCGCGUCAAGGAGUUGACCAAGCAGGAUAUGGUUGACUUCUUCAAGGAGUACAUCAACCCGGCGUCGCCCGAGAGGGCCAAGAUCUCGGUGUGGAUGGUCGCGCAGGCCACCAGCGACGUGUCCACCAAGCAGAUCUCGGAACUGGUCAAGGCGCUGGAGCUCAACUCGGCGGAGAGGGAGGCCGAGGUGGCGACAGACCUCCAGGCUAGGCUCAGCGCGGCGCAGCACGAUGAGGCCAAGGAGAUUGAGGGCCUCAAGGAGUACCUGCUGCACGACCUGAAGGUGGCGGAGGACAAGAUCGACGCGGCGGCGGAGGCGUGGAAGAAGCUACACUCGAACGCGAACGGGAUGGUGGGACACCAGGACGAGGACCCGCCUUCGCUGAACGGGACCAAGAUCUGUUUCAUCGAGGACCCGCGCGACUUCAAGGCCAGGCUGCCCGUGAGCGCAGGAGCGCGCUCUGUCAAGGACCUGUCGGAGUACGAAGAGGUGGACCCGAAGCUGUGAGUGGCUGGUGGGCAGGACCGGGCAGGGAAGGCUUGGGAAAAGGAAGGGAACCUUGGAACGUGAUGGGAGCCCAGGGCGGGCUGAUCCAUGGGCUGUCUUUACUAGAGGAUAUAUACAGGCAUUCAUGAUAAACUUGAUGUAUGAGCAUUGUGGGCGCGGGGCAGAUCGGAUAGAUGCAUACUGCAUGGUUGGGAAGGGGAGCAUUCAGAUACAGGUGCCGAUUCUUGGAGGGCAAAAUCGAAACCACACCCAACGCUGCACUUGGACACUGCCGGAUGCGUAGCUAAGUAGGCAGUGAAUGUGGUGAUGCUGACAACAUCUGAAGUAGGCCGAGACGGCUUCAAAUAUACCUAC